AGAGGGAGGUGGUGUGCGCUCGCGUCAUAUGGCCCGCCGCUCUCUGAUUGGCCAGCGCGACUCACCAGACAUGACCGCGCUUGUUUUCUGCAGAGGAAGCGCGCGUCUGGGAUGAAAGAGGCAGCAGCGUUUCAAGAAGAGGUGACCAAAUAACACAUCUGAAAUUAUUUUAGCAAAACAUAGCAAUAGUUUUAAAAAGCACCGGCGCGUGUUAGUUUAGACGAGGACACUGUUUAAGGAUCAAGUGCCAAAUGCCAGGACUAGAAGAACAUUGUUGGACCUGCUCCCGUUCAACCAGUGUGAAGUCGAAUGACCUGUCCAGCGCCAGCUGGAUUGUUUGUAAAACGGGUGAAAUGAUGUCAAUCAUAACCUCAGUGCUCAGCCAUGCAUACGGCUCUGUGCACAGUCUCCAGUCUGCUAAUUUAAUUCGACGGGGGCUUGUGUUGUUUAUUGUCGGAGUAGUUCUCGCCUUGGUGUUAAACUUACUACAGAUCCAGAGAAACGUUACAUUGUUCCCAGAGGAAGUGCUGGACACUUUGUUUUCGUCCGCCUGGUGGAUUCCGAUCUGCUGUGGAACUGCUGCUGCUGUUGUUGGUCUAUUGUAUCCCUGCUUGGACAGCCACCUUGGAGAGCCACACAAGUUUAAGAGGGAGUGGGCAAGCGUGAUGCGCUGCAUUGCUGUUUUUGUGGGCAUUAAUCAUGCCAGUGCUAAACUGGACUUUGCCAAUAAUGUGCAGCUUUCACUAACUCUGGCUGCCCUGUCUCUGGGCCUGUGGUGGACAUUUGACCGUUCCAGGAGUGGCUUUGGCCUGGGGUUGACCACUGCCCUGCUAGCCACACUCAUUGCUCAGCUGCUGGUCUACAACGGUAUCUACCAGUAUACAUCUCCAGACUUCUUGUAUGUUCGCUCUUGGUUGCCUUGUAUAUUCUUCUCUGGUGGAGUGACAGUAGGGAAUAUCGGGCGACAGCUGGCUAUGGGCUCGACUGAGAAGCCACAUAACGACUAAGCAGAUGUUGGAGGUCAUGAAGUGAGAUUAGUAGAGUGCCAAAAUGGAGGGCCUUGCGAACUGAGACUCUAUAUUGGGUGUACCUGGAUACAAAGACUUUUCUGUUCUAGCAUAACUUCUGCUCUUAAUUUUGCUCCUCUUUAUAAUGAAAAAGAACCUGAAGAGCGGGCUGGUCUGAGCUGACCCAGUGUGCCAUGAACAGUUCCUCCGAAACACCAAAAGAACCCCUGUGGCAUUCAUUACAACUAUAAGCAUUGUCAAUGUUACAACAGCUCAUUGCAGUAGUGUUACUGGAAGCAUCAGUCUCCUUAUUACCAGGUUGCUGGUGUGCCGACUGUACAAACUCAUAGCUAGUUUCACUUCUGAAAUUGAAAGAGUGAAAAGUAGCGGUGAAGCUGUGUGUAUUAGUUCUGGUCCUAUGGAUAAGACCAAGGAGAUAAAGGUGGUGCAGAAGUGCACACUUUAUUGUGUUUUACUUUUGCUGGAGAACUGAUGGAUAAAUGAAAGGGAAAAAAUUAAAGGCUGUGCAAAAUACAUAAAAUAUCCAAAGAGGUCCGUGUACUGACGAUAUAGGAUUUGUUUUAUUUAAAAAAAAAAAAAAUGUAUAACACUUGCAGCACUGCGAGGCUCACAUACAGACUGACCUACCGCCCUGAGUAUUACUAUGAGUACCAGAGAGGUUUGAUUGCCAAUCACAUUUGUGCCGACUGUUUAGUGUAGUCUAUUGACUGAAUGGAUUGUUUUAUCAUACCUUUGAAUAUUUGUUGCUAACACAGACCAAAAGUAAAACUAGAAACAUUAAUUAUAAAGUGGCACCUUGAAAUAAGAAUCAAACGUAAGUUAAAACAUCAUGGUUGCUCAUAUUUCUAUAAAUUUAGUUUGGAAACUUUGGAUAACUGAGUGUCCAAGAAAACAUACUUUAUUACAGCAGCCUCAAAGUUUUGCAAUCUGUGAUUGCCUUUAUAUUAAUAGAAUUGAAUGCUUUUGUCAGUACACUUGUCUUUUUUUUUGUACUUCAUUGUGUGUUGCUUAUCACAUGUAGACAUUUCUAUAUCUAAUCUAAGAUGUAUUACUUGGCUAGUGCGUAGGUUUGGGGGUCUUGCCAAAUGAAGUGCAAUGAGUCAUUAUGAGCCUUAAAUUCUUUGAUAUUUAUUACAUUUUACAAUGUUAAGUUACCCCAGACGACUCAGUCGAAUGCAGUAUAGAAACAAACCAGCAAUAAUCACAUUUAUAUAUACAUGUGAAGGAAAUGGAUACUAUGACAGAAAACUAACUUUUAAAAGAAGUCACAUACAAAAGAUGCUUAUGCAAAGAAUACCAAUGACCAUUUCCACUGUUCUGAAGAAAUGAAAAGAAGUCACAUUGUAUGUAUUUACUAGCAUUAGUAACAAAAUGUUGUGUGCUUUGUUUCAGAUCGUUUUAAAUAAAAGGUAAUAAAAAGGUUGCUCUAAGGAGCAACAGGCUCUUAAUGAAUCUCUGCUUCAGGGAAUGAGAGAUGUAAAACUGAAUGAAAGCUUGAAAAGAAUUGUAAUAAUUCUAGGAUUAUUAUAUUCAUAGGAAGACAUGGCACUGAACAUUUUUGGCAAACAUUGAAUUCCUUAAUUUUAUGUAUUGUUAACCUAGUUGCAACCAUUGAAGUAAGUAUAGACAGAAGGCAGACAGUUGCUUUACCAGUAUGACAUUGUUUAUUCAAACAGACAACAUAAAUAAGAUAGUGGCCUGUUAUUAAUCAUACACUGGUUCUAAACUGCAAAUUGAAUAACAUUAGCAUAAAAUGGCCUGCAAAGGCUCACUUUUCACCUUCUAAAUCUAGGUCACAGUCAAGCCAAGUUGCCUAAUAACCUCUGGCUCAGAUGUCUGUUUGCCUUAAAAGGAGAAGUUCACUGAACUUUUUGAAUUGUUCCCCACAACAGUGAGUCAACAACCACUGCACUGAAAACUGACCAUUUUUUAGCAUUUACAUUUUUAUUUAUGAUUUUGGUGAUUAACAUUAAUGAAUGGAACCUUGUUAUAAAGUGUUACCAAAACUUUUAAUGCUAAAAACUACAAAAAUGACAAGCACAUUUUU